AUGGCCCCCGCCCGCCGCCCCGCCGGGACGUGCCUGCUGCUCGUCUGUACCGGCCUCCUGGCCGCCGCCGCCGGCCUCCGCUCCUCGGAGCCCGGCGAGCCCGUGGACGGCCGCAACCGCCCGGAGCCGGGCCUCGGAAAUGAGCUGCCCGCGGGCCCCGGGGAGAGCCGCACAGGGCCGCCCGCCCGCACGCUGGAGCCCACUGCUGAGGGGGCACGUAGCUUUGACCCCAGGGAUGCCUGGAUGCUCUUUAUCAGGCAGAGCGAAAAAGGCGUCAACGGCAAGAGGGGAAGCAGAGGCAAGGCCAGGAAGCUGAAGCUUGGCCUGCCGGGACCCCCAGGUCCCCCUGGUCCCCAGGGCCCCCCUGGCCCCAUCAUCCCACCUGAGGUACUGCUGAAGGAGUUCCAGCUGCUGCUGAGAGGUGCAGUGCAGCAGCGUGAGCGCAUGGAGCCCGAGCCCUGCACGCAUGGCCCCCCCGAGGGCACUGCCACCAUCGGGGAGGACGAGGAGGCGGCGGGGGACGCAAGCGUGCUGGCGCUGGUGGCCGCACCGCUGGCCCCGGGUCCGUGGGCGCCGCGCGUUGAGGCUGCCUUCCACGGCCGCCUGCGCCGGGACGCAUCGGUGGAGCGGCGCGCACUGCACGAGCUCGGUGGCUACUACCUGCCCGACGCCCAGGGUGCCUUCCGCCGCGGCCCCGGCCUGAACCUGACCAGCGGCCAGUACACGGCGCCAGUCGCUGGCUUCUACGCGCUCGCCGCCACGCUGCACGCCGUGCUCGCAGAGCAGCCCAGGCGGGGGCCGCCACGCCCCCGGGACCGCCUGCGCCUCCUCAUCUGCAUCCAGUCCCGGUGCCAGCGCAACGCCUCCCUGGAGGCCGUCAUGGGUCUGGAGGGCAGCAGUGAACUCUUCACCAUCUCGGUCAAUGGCGUUCUGUACCUGCAGACAGGGCAGUACGCCUCAGUCUUCCUGGACAAUGCCAGCGGCUCCUCCCUCACCGUGCGCAGCGGCUCCCACUUCAGCGCUGUCCUCCUUGGCGUGUGAGUGGACACACCAGGCCCUUUCUCUUGCCCAGUGAGUGGAAGCAGGGUCCAGUCUCUGGGCGGUGUUCGGUGGCAAGGCCACACGCAAGACGAGGCUCCCUGGAGCCGCCCGCACUGCCCCUGUAGGUCAGCCCAGAAGUGGCCAACGACCGGCAGCCUUGGGAGGGGACAUGCAGACGGGGAGCCACAGAACCAGAAGCGAUCUCAGGAUGCGGUCUUUCGAAAGGAGAAGAGCCCUAUUGGGCUGUUGCUUAGCCGAUGUUUCUAGUGGGGCUCAGUGCCCAGGAGGACUUGCUCUGUUCCUCGCUACAGACUGGUUCCCCUUCUGGCCUAUGAGGCAGCUUGCCCAGACAGCCUCAGCCUCUUCGCCUUGGCCCGGCCCCCACCUUUUCCAUCUUUCCAGUGUUCUUGUGGACUGCCUGGGUGCCCUGCACAGGGUCUGAGGGCUUUCCAGGGACAGCAUGCUGUCCAGCGCAGCAGCCUCCACAUCGCUCCCCUCGUCUCCACCUGGGGCUUCCUGGUCCCCACCUGCACUUCCCCAAUGGUGCCUUUGGCCUGAAUUUCCUGCAGUGACCACAGGAUUCAAGAGUCUCACAGCCCCUUGGCCCAGAAGCCCUGGGUGCCAGAGCAACACUGGAAAGGGGCUAAUGGGGGACAGUGAGAGUCUGCCAUGCCUAAGUUCACCUUGCAGAUGGCCUUUGCAGAGCGCCCUGCACUGCUCCUACUAGACAGGUGCCUCUUCCUAGCCCCUAUGAGGUUCUGACCGCUGGGAUCCACCCACCAAAUGAAAGAUCUAGAACAUCUCUGCAGAUUAGAGAUGAGCAGGCCCUACCCACUCAUCUGAACAGACAAAGCAGAGGCCUCCCAUGAGCCAACAGCUCCCACUGCCCACCUGUGGUCCCGUGAGCACCAGCCAGCUCUGCGGUUCUUCCAAGCAUCUUCCCCACCUGGGGACACAUGCAGCCCUGAGCUCAGGUGGAGAACAAACAGACCGAGAGAGGAUGCCCAGAAAGCUGGUCUUGGUUCCCUAAGACCUGGGUCCCAAAUCCACCGUGAUGCUAAAGCAGUGAUGGGACCUGUGGGGGGACAUGGGCAUCUGUGUGCAGGUUUCUUCCAAGUUGUAGGGACCCCCACCCAACCUCCACGUGGCUGCAGGGAUCUGGUACCACAGGAUGUGGUCAGGCCUGAAGAGAAGAGGGCAGUGGCCGCAGUCACCUGGACUAUCCAGAUGGCCUCAGAAGCGGGUGACCACGCCCAGGUCUGAUGGACCCCCAGGGCCCUCAGUUUCCAUCUCCACUAAGAACCCCCUCCCCCUCCUUCCUGGCUGUGGGGGAGCCCAGACACCCCACACGAGAGCAGCCCCACAUGGUGCCCUUGGCAGGCCCAGCAGGAUUCUCAGUAGGGAUGGUAUCCGCCCUACCGGGAAGUGCUGGCCCAGGUCCUGCCUCCCCUCGCAGUCUGAUAAGAGCUGGGGGGCACGCCCUUCCCUGGAUUUCCUUCUGCACCCAAUGGGCACAGAUCCUUCAGACAUUUUUUCCUUAAAAAAGCCACAGAUCUUCCCUUUUCUUAACCUAAGUGUAUUAUACCACAAUUUGUUUAAAUAUUU